AUGAACAACAGCGCCCGUAAUGCGGGCCUCGCUACGUCACGCACGCCUAAUCAGUCAAAAAGAAAUUUGUCCAGUUCGUCGCUGUCGCCGAGUCAAACUGACAAAAAGUCAAAAGUUUUUAUUACACCAAAUCAUUUUGCCGCACUCGCCACUAAUGACCCCGACGACCAAGAAGCAGCAGCCACGUCCGCUUCCAACUCGUUGGAUGCUACUCCAGCGAACCAGCCUCACACAGUUCAGGUCAGAAAAAUGGUCAUUCCGCCUAUAGUUAUUAAAAACAUUACAAACUUUUCCGCUUUCAAAAACGCCCUAACCAAUAUCACCAGCCCGGAAGGUUUCACCUGCAGGGCAACAUCAACAUACCUCAUGGUUAUACCAUCAAGUCGUAUAACCCUUUAUAGGGCAGAAGGUAAAAUAUCAUCCAAUUCUUAUAAAAUUUGGUAUACUUACUCAGUAGGAUACAGGUAA